AUGACCGGUGGCAGUACCGGUAACGCCGUCAUCGUCUUCUCGCAGCCGGGUGUGCGGCCACCCGUCCAUGUCACCACAUCGCUGAGUGGCUGGACGGUCCUCGAAAUGGACGCAGACAAGACACAGGAGGAUUCAGAUGAGUUUGUGUUCAAGAAGGAGUUUACCGACGUUGCAGAGGGCACCUACCAAUACAAGAUUCGCAUCGGAGAUGACCAUUGGGUUCUGGACGAAUCGACCGAGUCAGCCCCCGACGAACAUGGCAAUCUGAAUAAUGUGAUUCGUGUCCAAGGACAGCCAGCUCCCUCAACAGAUUUUCAAGACGAGGAGCAUCUGCCUGAUGGUCAUCUUGAGCCCGUCUCUUUGCCGUCCGAUCCUGGCAAGGACGCGGCAGACGCCGAGCCUGACCCGGACGAGGCCAAGGUAGACUCUCCUGUCGAUCCUCCGUCGUCAAAGUCUGCAAAAAUUCCGCUGUUGGUUGUCGAGAAGACUGAUGAUGAGCCGGCGCAUGGGGACGACUUUGGGGAGCGUGCGACAUCUGGUCAAAAGCUGGCUCACCAACAACGAGCUGCCGAUGCUUCGCCAGAUUGCCUUGUCAUAGCAGCUGAGAGCUCGGUAUCAUCUUCACCCGGCGAUGAAGAGGCUACCCCAUUGUUUCGCCACGAAUCCUUUAAACCCGACGAACGUUCUACAGCUUCCUCCAUCGACACUGUUGAUGAAGAAUCUAUCCAAUCCUCGACAGAUCAGACUAGCUCAGGAAAUGUUAUAAAUACGCCCUCGGAGCCAAAUGAAUCACAAGAUGAUGGUGAGCUUGGUAAUGGUCCCCUACUGAACCAUGAGACUGGUUCUACAAGCCAAAUGGAUGAGCUCCAGGCGGCCCCAUUGUUCUCACACGAAGAUGGAAACGACCAAGAAGAGAUCAGCGAGCUGGAUAAGCCCCCGCUGUUCCCCCAUGAGAUUGCACUGGAUGAUGAUGACUGUUCCUCGGGCGGUGAAGACGAGCUCGACAAGGCCCCACUGUUGUCUCAUGAGACGGGCUUCUCGGAUUAUAAGAGGAGCGAGAUUGUCACUAACGGUGAAUACGAAGAGGACGAUAUGGACGACAUGGAGCCUCAGCAUUACGGGCCCUACGGCGACGAAGAUGACGUACCUCUCCUACCCCAUGAACGCGACUCAGCGGUUGUCAGUAAGACUGAUUCAGAGGACGACGAGCACUUUUCUUCAAGCCAUCAGCCAACUUUUGGGUACGAGACUGACGCUUCACACCAAUUGUUUGGAGGAAAUCGGAUUCCAAAUUUCUUCAGGACACGGACAAACAGUAGUACUCUUCCUCACAAGUUGCCGCGGACUGACGAAGACGAUGAUAAUCUGGACGAUCCAUCAUUGGAGCCAUUCCCAACGAACCGCGACCAAAUCUUCGAGCGGGUCAAGUCCAUUGGUCUCCAUCUCCCAGAAGAUGAACCUACAGAUGACCACAGCCACUCGCCACAAUUCUCAGUUCUCUCGCAGGCCUGCUCAUCAGCUGACCUCGCGCCCGUCAAGUCCUACACCUCACUCGCGUCCGUUCCGGAAGCGGACUGUAGUGACGAAGAGGAAGAAGACGAGGAUGUCGAGAGCCUCGCAUCACCAAUUAUGAUCGGUGGUGCCUUUACUCGUGCAUUUGACAAGGCAGCUGAUACAGCGCGUGACGAUCUCAAAACGCCCGCAGCAAACGAGAGCAAACAACUUCAACUCCCCGACGCGUUUGAGCCGGAAGUCUCGUCAAGUCCACAAACGACCAUGUCCAGUGAGGCAGAGGGUGUGGACAAGACUGAUGGCGCAAAGGACACUGUUAGCACCACGGACAAGCUGCAAGAUGCCAGUGCACCAUCUAGCCUUGCUUCUAAUAAUGUCUCGGACACCGAUACGCCAUCGACUUUCCAAGAUGGUGAGCCCACCAGCGCUGCCGUAGACUCUGCCACUGCGCCUCUCGACUCCACACUCCGCGAACGUCGCAAAGCCCCGGAGACCAACCCAUCACACGCCCAAGACCACAUGCACACAGAUGCAGAAACACAAGAUACUGGUUCUAUUGGUCGAUUGAUCAAGAAAUGUGCGGGUGAUCGCAGAAAAGCGAGGUGA